AUGGGUAAAGCUGCUUCCAAACUAACAAACGAUGACAUUGAAUCUUUGAGAAGUGAAACAUAUUUUGACCGUAGAGAGAUUAAACAAUGGCAUAAGGGAUUUUUAAGAGACUGUCCACAAGGGUUAUUAACCAGAGAAGAAUUUGUGAAAAUCUAUAAACAAUUUUUUCCUUUUGGUAGUCCAGAGGAAUUUGCAAACCAUGUAUUCGAUGUUUUUGACAAAGAUAAGAAUGAUAGCAUUGAUUUUAGAGAAUUUGUUACUGCCUUGAGUAUAACUUCCAGGGGCAGUCUUGAAGAAAAGCUAGCUUGGGCUUUUAAACUAUAUGACAUAAACCAUGAUGGGAAAAUUACAUACGAUGAAAUGUUAACUAUUGUGACGAGUAUAUAUAAGAUGAUCGGAAGUAUGGUCAAGUUAAAUGAAGAUGAAGCUACUCCUGAGUUAAGGGUUAGGAAAAUAUUUAAAAUAAUGGAUAAAAAUGAAGACGGAUUUAUAACAUUGGAUGAGUUUAAAGAAGGUAGUAAAGUUGAUCCCUCUAUACUAAGUGCAUUGAACUUAUACGAUGGGUUGGUAUGA